CAAUCACAUUGCUCACAGCUUCCUCCUCCCUCGACGACGAAUGGGGUUGACGUGACAACGAAGAUGGAAGUGACCCGUUUGGACUUCUACAUCGGUCUCUCGCUGGCUGUGAGCUCCAGCGCGUUCAUCGGCACCAGUUUCAUCCUGAAGAAGAAAGGCCUGCUGCGAUUGGCCGGCAAAGGUUCAAUGCGAGCAGGUCAAGGGGGGUAUGCUUACCUGAAGGAAUGGCUGUGGUGGGCAGGACUAAUUUCAAUGGCAACUGGAGAGGCCGCCAACUUCGCUGCAUACGCAUUUGCACCGGCCACACUGGUGACUCCUCUUGGAGCGUUAAGUGUACUUGUCAGUGCUGUGCUGUCUUCCUACUUUCUGAAUGAGCGGCUGAAUGUGCAUGGGAAGAUUGGCUGUUUGCUGUGCGUCUUGGGCUCCACCGUGAUGGUGAUUCAUGCCCCGCAGGAGGAGGAGGUUGCCUCCCUCACUGCCAUGGCUGAGAAGCUCAGAGACCCAGGUUUCAUUGUGUUUGCUGUGUGCGUUGUUGGAUGCAGCCUGGUUCUAAUCUUUGCUGUGGCUCCGCGGUUCGGACAGAAGAAUGUGCUGGUCUACAUCCUGAUCUGCUCUGUGAUUGGCUCCCUGUCUGUGUCUUGUGUCAAGGGCCUGGGCAUUGGCAUUAAGGAGCUGUUUGCUGGGACAGCAGUGCUGAAGGAACCCCUGUUCUGGUCCUUAGUCAUCUGCCUGAUAAUCUGCGUGAGCGUUCAAAUAAAUUACCUGAACAAAGCCCUCGACAUCUUCAACACCUCGUUAGUCACACCCAUCUACUAUGUCUUCUUCACCACCUCUGUCAUGGCCUGUUCAGCCAUUCUCUUCAAGGAAUGGCUGCGCAUGACCGCUGACGGAGUAGUUGGAACAAUUAGUGGGUUCCUCACCAUCAUUUUGGGGAUCUUCCUCCUCCACGCCUUCAAGGACAUUACGUUUAGCUGGGAUUCCCUCCCACUCUACUUGAGGAAGGGUCCUCUGGGCUUUCCAUGGGGGCAGAGGCCUUAUUUGGCUCUUCCCAGCCACGAAGCCCAAGGAGAAGAUGAGAUUAAAUUUCCCAGAGAAGGUAGCUCAAAGGACGGCUGGGGAACGCACCAGAGAGCUCCUUAAGGAGGACCAAUAGUCUCGUCACUGCGGAGAAAUUCAAACCACAGAUCACAGCCUCACAAAGUACAUUUUCUCUCACGUCUGUCUUACACAAUGCAGUGGAGCAAACUGUUCCUGUCAAUAUACAUUGUCAUUCUGUUUGAAAUGAUGGGACAUUUACAUCUUUAGAUUAGAAACAAUGGUUUUGUGUUCAUUACACUCAUCUGUAUUUUAAUAAAUUAUAUUAAGUGGAAAGAUGAAUGUAAAUUAUACAUAUUAGCCCGCCUUAACCAGAUUGUGCCUUCAGCUACUGAAAACAAAAGCCUUAUUUUAGGUCUGCACUUUUAACUUAGCAUAUAUGGUGUUGUACCAAUGUGGAGGCAAACAAAAUAAUUUGCCCCGAAUGCAUUUCAAUCACUUGUUUUUAAGUUUGAAUAAUUCUCUCUUGAGUUAAUGCAAUACCUCAGUAUUAUAUACAAACCACACCAAAGAACGUCCUUUCCUGUGUGGAUUAAUCCUCAACGUGUGCCAAGCUGUAACACGUCUCUGGUGUAACUGAAAUGUGUGUAUAUUAUUAAAAUUGAAUUAUAACAUUACUUGACAA